GAUCUGCUCAAUACACACCAAGAGAGAGAAAACACUCUUUUCCUCCUUUCCUCCUUUCCUCCUAUAGCAGCUGCAAAACCAAAGUCUCUGUCUUUUCUUCUCCUCUCUCUUUUCCUUUUUGUACAAUGGCAAAAUCAAGAAACCCAACAGCCUUCGGUUCCAUGGACGACAUAAGGAAGGUAUUCAACAAGUUCGACAAAAACGGUGAUGGAAAGAUUUCUUGCAGUGAAGUUGUAGACAACCUCAGCGAGCUGGGUACCAAGAUAUCACCAUCGGAGGUCGAGUUGAUAAUGCAAGAAUUCGACAAAGAUGGUGAUGGCUACAUUGAUCUUGAUGAGUUUGUCGACUUCAUCCAGAAUGGUGGACAUGGCGAUAGUGGUGGCAAUGACAGUAAAGAAUUGAGGGAUGCUUUUGAUUUAUACGAUACGAACAAGAAUGGACUGAUUUCAGUUGAUGAGUUGCACUCCGUAAUGAAGAUGUUGGGGUUGAAGUGUAGCUUGAGUGAUUGUCGUAAGAUGAUACGUGAAGUUGAUGAAGAUGGUGAUGGUAAUGUUAAUUUUGAAGAGUUUAAGAAGAUGAUGACUAAAGGGUUAGCGUAAAUUAAUUAAUUACCAUGUUUUAUUUUCUAUCUUAGACUUGGUUCAACGUUUUAGGAGUAGUCUUUAAAACAAUUAGGGUAAUUAGUGGUGCUAGUUUGGGGUUUUAUUUUAUUUUUGUUUCAACUCCAUCGUUGCUUUUUUCUGUUUUGAGGUAGGUUGAAUUUGCAAGAACAGAAAAAAUAAUAGUGGAAUUUAGUAGCUAAUUUUAAUUUUAA